AUGUUUGAAAAAGAGUGAACGUCGCAGCGACAGCAGCAGUGGCGGCCGUCGUUGAGGCGCUUCCCAUAAUGCACUCCCCGAUCAUCAGCGGGAAACCAAAAUGGCGAACGUGCUAGGGGAAAAUGAGCCAUUUGUUAUUUUCUGAGGAAGACACAGGACCCGCAAGUUUCCAGACACACUUUUGGAAUAAAUUCGCCGGCAGACAGAGCGGGACACCGGGGUUUGCUCCUAUUCAGUUAUUUUUUUUGUCGUACGAGGAGGUUGUUGAAGCGGAGGUGACCGAAUGAGAGACUCAGGGGUUGUGGAUCACCUGCCUGUCCAUCACAGAGGUCAUCCCCAGUGGCAGCAGCAGGCUGUGUCCUUGUCCCCCACGAGCCUCUCUGUUAAGGGAGAGUAUGGAGAAGACGGCAUGUCUGACAGGUUUUCAGAAGGACAGGACGUCUUGGCCCGGUGGUCAGAUGGCUUGUUCUAUUUGGGGACAAUCACAAAGAUAGAUCGAGACAAGCAGCGAUGCUUUGUGAUUUUCGAGGAUCAGUCAAAAUCUUGGGUUCUCUGGAAGGACAUUCAGACAGGGGAUGAAGAUGAUGAUGAUGACGAGGAUGAUGACAUCGUCUGCUCCAUAUGCCAGGAUGAAGCUUCAGAGGAACCCAAUGAGAUUGUCAUUUGUGACAAAUGUGGACAAGGCUACCAUCAGCUGUGUCACACCCCCAUCAUUGAUGCUGCUGUCAUUGACUCUGAUGACAAGUGGCUUUGCUCAGAAUGUGAGCUCACUUCUAUGCCCAAGAGGGGGAGGGCGCACAGAAGGGGAGCAUCCGCUAAAGACUUUCUGCAUCAAGAGCAGCAUCAGCAGCAGCACAUGGAGCUGCACCUGUCCUUCCCAUACUCACUGGAUGAACUGGAGUGGGACCAGGGCCACAAGACCAACAGCCAGCAGUGCUACUGCUACUGUGGUGGUCCUGGAGAAUGGUACCUGAAGAUGCUGCAGUGUAGCAGGUGUCAGCAGUGGUUCCAUGAAGCCUGCCUCCAUUGCCUACAGAUGCCCAUGCUCUAUGGAGAUAGGUUUUAUGUGUUUGUUUGUUCCGUUUGUAAUGGUGGACCAGAGUACCUCAACCGUCUGCCUCUCAGCUGGAAGGAUGUCACACACCUGAGCCUGUACAACCUGAGUGUGAUUCACAAGAAGAAGUAUUUUGACUCUGGGAAGGACCUGAUGGCUUAUAUCAACGACAACUGGGAGCUGCUGCAGCUAGGAGAGCUCGCCAACACUCCAAGAUCAGAGCGAUACGAAAGUGUUCUCUUGGCGCUAAACAACAAUAGCUGCAUGUUCAUGUCAGGGAAAGAGGUGAAAAAAAAGAAACACUUGUUUGGCCUAAGAAUCCGUUUCCCUCCUGCUCCUCCCAACUGUGAUGAGCCAGCUGGCAGAGUGAUGGAGAAGGCUUCACAUGAGAUCACCAUCAAGGGAUGCAAGUCCACCAAAGCCCUGUCUGGCGUGAGAAGUUCCAGUGCUCUAACCAAUGGCACAGAGAAGAAGAAAAAGAGGAAGCAAGGAGCUCGUUGUCUGGAGCCUCUGGCUAAACCACAACGCUCCGCUGAGCUUUCGUCCCAGGAAAUCAGAAAACCUCUACCACUAGAGUCCCAUGCAUUGGAUCAUUUAUCCCCCAUCAACACCAGGAGCGACAGGUCUCUGCUGUCUUCACGAACUUCAGAUGUGGAAUCUAUAGGAGCCCUGAGCACCUCAGAAACUACCUCAACUAGCAUUUCAAGACAGUCCAGCCUCUGCAGUUCCAGCAAGACACGUGCAGCAGCCAGCAUCAUGCCUGUUUCCCCUCCACCUAUAAAAAGGAAGCGUGGGCGGCCGCGACGGGCCCUGCAGCCCCCCAACCCAGAGAUCCCCCCUCCCAGCCUUGCAGACACAAACCCCUCAGCCACAGAGAUGCUGAGCUCCCUCCCAGGGCUUCACUCCACGGACAUAGUUCAUGGCAUGGACCCCAACAGCCAGCUGUCCCACCUCAAGAGCUCCAUCAGCAGCUAUUUCGGAGCAGCGGGGCGACUGGCUUGUGGGGAAAAGUACAAAGUCCUGGCCCGACGGGUCACCCUCGACGGCAAGGUGCAGUACUUGGUGGAGUGGGAAGGAGUCACUGCCUCUUAGGCUUAACGCUCUCCCAAUCACCUCUAACUUUAAAGAGCACCAUCAGGAGUUUGAGGCCGUGCUGAGGACAUGUGUAUUCAGAGCAUUAACUGAUAUAUGCCUUUGUUUAGUUUAGACAGGAGCAAGUUUUGCCUGUUAAGCUCACUGUAAAGCCUACUGGUUCAGUGUAGUCCACAGUGAUUAUCACACACAUGUAUUAUCCUCAUCUGUUCAAAAAUAGUUGACCAAUCAGGGUGAAGAAUGGUCGUACCACACCGUGUUUUCCAUAUUCCAGUUUUAGCUUUCAUUAUGUGCUUUGAAUGUUUACAGAAACCCCCCAUUUAUUCUGGGGCAAACAGUAGUUCUGUACACUGCACCUGUAGGCUUUCAGUGAUCCGUUUAUUGUGCUGAUUUUUAAUCCAGUGAUAUGCUUUUCAUUUCCAGACCAGUUAAGUAUGGAACUGUAAGGUUUUUUGACAGAAUGUAGUCGGUCAGGUAUUAAAAUGGUGAAUCAUGGAGGAUAAGCGAAAGAGGGGGAGUUUUUAUUUAAACAUUAAUUGUUUGAUACCUGCAACCAUGCAGUAAACAAUUAAUGCUUGUUUCAUUUUUUUCUUACCAAAUGUGGUAAAUAAAAACGCGUCCCUCUACAACAGGGCCCCCCUCUCUCUAAGUCCCAGCCCUGAGUACCUCUGGUUGCCUUUGGCAGACUUAUCCUUUAACCCUGUUUUGGAAAGUGUGCUUUGUUUUGAGCAGUUAGGGAGGAACUCAAAGAGAUGUGCUGCUGCAAAUGUUUAUUAUUUUAUAUAGAACUAUACUACAUUUGUUAUUACCCAUUUCCUUGUUCUUUUUCAUAUGCCUUUUCUGUUCAAUGGGGCAGACUUCUUGUGUAAUUUUAAUCAUGGAUUCACUUGCACGUAUCAAGUUCUCUCCAAAAGUUUUCGGGUUAUUAAAGGAAGUGUUUCUCAUCAAAUUUUCAAGACUUUAAAUUUAAAUGAGGGAUUCUUAGCUUCAUCAAAUUUCCCAAGCCCAGACCUAAAGGAUUUCCUACUAAGUUGUCCAUUCUGACAAAACUAAUUUUGUUUUCAUAGAUUUUGUGAAGAAUCUUCAGUGUCCUUGUCUAAAUACAUAGCCUUUUAAAACAUUUUCAUUUAAAUUUGAUAACAUGACUCUUAACUUUAAAAUCUCUAAGGACCUAAUUUAGUUUUCUUUCUUUGCUAGUUAAAUGACUACAUACCCAUCUCCCACACAAAGACUUCAGAAUUGUUUUCUAUUUUUUUGUGUGCUGCCUAUGCAAGUUGGACCUGGAAAAAGCCGUUGUUCGGUUACAGAAUUGGACCAUAUGGCUUUAGAAAGGGGAGCUUCAGCAUCGCUAGUGUGAUGAUUUGACUCAGGCAUUCAAUUUUCUGUGUGAUGAGUGCGACAAACAUGCACUUGCUUUAUUUUUGUUUUUACAUCAAGUUCACGUUGUGGUGCACACUCAGGACAUGCCCUGAAACUUCACUGCAUUGCAUUGGCCAGCUUUUGCAGCAUGAAAGGAGGUUGUGAUUCAAGUUGUUCAUUCGUUGUUGUUGGUCAGUGUUUUAUAUCAACUUCUGUAUUUUUCAUUACUUUGGACCGUAUUAACAUAUGUAGGCUGUUUUUUUUUGUUUUUUUGGUUUUUUUUUUAAUGUUUUGAGCAAAAUAAUUUGUAGUUCAUUUUACUGCGACACUUGCUUGUUUAAACUGAGUCAGAAAACAAUCACUGGAAAACUAAAAUGCUGUAUGUCAUUGCAAGAGGUAAAUAUUCAGUUAGUAUCUCUUUUUGGAGAUGUUUCUGCUUUCGUUAAGAUGAACACACACUGAUAGGUCUUUUUUUGUAGGGAUGUAUUCAGUGCAUUUGAAGCUUCUCUCUGUUUUGUCGGUGUCUCAGCCUAGAUGUUGCUGCCACUGGCUUCCAGCAGGCUUCUGCAGCCAAAGAACAUACAUGUAACGUCUGCUUUGUCUUUUGAGAUUCUUCUUAUUACGUUUUUAUACAUCAUUAUAUAGGUUGACGUGUUACUUGUGAACCUGUUUUGUUAAAGAAUAAAUAAAAGCAGAUAUUUUGAA